AUGGCUGAUUUUGCACGUUGUUCGCAUCUAAUCCAGGGCUAUUGGGAUCAGCUCGUGCAUUGGCUCGAACCAUGUCCAGCUCCUCUACUUCACUGGCUUCAUGGCUCUGCCCUCAUCACUCGGUCAGAAUAUUUCUCCUUGCUGGAGGUCAGACCCAAGAAGAACCAGGUCAUGUCCAUUCUGGAGAGGGUCUGCAAUGAGCCAGCAGCAAGCCAAAUAUUUCUGGAGAAGCUGAAGGAACUGCAAGAGAUCUACAACCCUGAACUUCAGCGCUGGCUGCAAGAGACGGUCUUCACGCGGAGCAAAACAGAACUUUUUAUAAUUCCACCAGAUCCUCCCCUUAAAACAUCCAGAAGGAAUUUGCUGAUGUUUUGGCAAACCAGAAAAUAUAAAUUGCCACAGAUAUCUGCAGAUAUGCAAAAGAAUAACAGCUCAACUUUCCGGAAGGGCUUGGACCGGCAACUCAAAGCUGCCCUGCAAAACCACCGUCGCUUGUUACUGACCCAAACUGAGAAGCUGCGCACUGAUAUCGAAGAUACCGAGCCAUGCAAAUGUCCAGAAGUCUACUACCCUGACCUCCUGCUACUCAACAGGCUGUCCUAUUCCAACCCCACCAGUCAUGAUUACUUGCAGCUGGCUUCUCAUCAGACUUGGCUUCGUUCCUACCAUGCCUCUUCCCAUCUGGACCUGUGUCAUCUUUUCUCUCCUUUCCCCCAGGAGAGCUCCCUGCCUCACCGGGUGAUGCUAAGCGGCCCUGCCGGUAUCGGCAAGACUGUCCUUGUCCAGAAGAUCCUCCAUUAUUGGGCGCUAGGCAGAGCCUUCCAAGGCUUUCUUUGCGUCCUGGAUUUUUCCUUCCAGGAGCUCAGCCUCAUCACCACAACCCAGAGUUUAGAAGACUUGAUUCGCCAUAAAUUCGCGCAUCUGAACAGUGUUCUUUUUGCACUGCUGGAGCGACCGAGGGAGCUCCUCCUGAUUUUGGAUGGACUGGAUGAGUUCAGGCAUCCACUGGACAGCAAACAUCCCUGCCUCUGGCCGGAAGAGUCAGGCCACGUGAAAGAUCUGGUGUGCGGUCUCCUCUACGGGACCUUGCUUCCUGAGUCCACCAUUUUGGUCACAUCCAGGUCUUCUGUUCCUCUUCCACCGGAACUUUUUAACCGUCAUGUUCUUGUCCUUGGUUUACAAGAAGCGCAGGUGAAGGACUAUGUCUCCCAGUUCUUCCAGAGCUCCAGACAUGGCACGGAAGUGAUGAGUUACCUCUCAAGUCACCAUGGCUUAGCCAACUUCACCUUCCUUCCUCUCUACUGCUUCAUUCUCUGUACAGCUCUGGACCAAUGCUUCCCAGAUGAAGGGGUGAACCGAGUCUCCCUACCCAACACCAUCACUGAGCUCUAUCUGCUUUAUGUGUGCCCCAUCCUGAAGUUACACCAGCCUCCUUCUGGACAAGACGAAGGAAUGAAGUGGGAUUUGAGAUGGGAGAAAAAUUUGCUGCUGCAGCUUGGUCAGCUAGCCUAUGUUGGUCUGCUAAGGGGACAGACCGUGUUCUAUGCAGAUGAACUACACGAGUUCGGUUUUGAUCUACAGAACCUGCCACCUGUUUAUCUGAAUCAGAUCUUCUUCAAGGAGACCGAUGAAAUCUACAGUUUUUUCCACUUGACCGUACAGGAGUUUUUGGCUGCAUUAUACUCCGUGGUUAAUUUGGACUUCAACGCUGGGGAAUUAACUUAUUGCCUGGAUCUCUGGUGGAAUGGAAAAACUCCAGAAGAUCGAGACACCAGUAGCUUUCCGAACCCAACAGAGGGAUCUGCUAGUGGAUUUUACAAUUAUACCCAGCAAUCUCUGUAUAGACACCCACAGUGGGACAAACUGCAAAUGUUUUCCAGGUUUUUCAUGGGGUUGUUGACCUCUAGAUUAGAAGGCAAGUUGGAAGGACUGCUUGGGAACAGUUGGGAAGGAGACCCAGCUGUACUUUUGGCAGACUGGUUUGGGAAAAAGGCUUCGUGUGAAUCAGGUCAGAAGUUGCUGUCCUUGAUACAUUGCUUAGCGGAGCUGCACCAGGACGACGUGACUCAGAAGGUCAUUUCCAAGAUGGGCGAGGUGGAUCUGUUCAAGGUGACACUGAACCGAGCGGAUUGCGCGGCUUUGGCCUAUGUCCUGAGUUGCUCAAACUCUCGGGUUCUCCAGAAUCUCAACUUAAGCUACAGCAAUAUGGGCACUGGAGGACUGAAACAGCUGCAGGACCAUCUCCAUCGCUGCAAAACUUUGCAAUUGCAAUACAAUUCUCUAGACUGGGAAGCCGCAGAAAUCGAAGCAACGAUUCUAAGGUCCCCCCGGUGCUGUCUGGAAAGACUGGUGCUUUGUGGGAACCGGCUGAGAUCCAAUGGGGCGAGUCUCUUAUGGAACGCCCUUCGCGAUAACACCACCCUAGAAGAGCUUCAUUUGGACCUCACGGAUCUUACGGACAGAGGCCUCGAUAAGAUUUUGGAUUGUCUAUCAGGAAAUACAACUCUCCGGCUCCUGAGCCUUACAGGGAACAGAUUUAGCCAAGCAGGCCAUCAUAUCCUCUCUGAAUUGGGUCGCAGAAAACCCAAACUUAAGAUCGUCAGCAGUUUCCUGUCUGAUACGGCGUUGCUCCAGAAUUAUCUGGAUUGGGUGGACGAGAUCACAAUUGAGCAAAUGGAGUCGGUCAACAAUGCUGGAGCCCUGGACACGAUUCUGGAAACUUUGAUGGACACAGAUGAUCCAGAAGCUAGCCAGGAAGCUCAGGAAAAAGCUGGAGAGCUAAAGAAAAAGAUCUGCGCUAUCCGGAAUGACGACAAAAAAGAAGAAAAGAGCAACAAAUCCUAUUUAAUCUGAUCUGUAAAGCGGGACAGUUUUUGUGAGCCAAAAUACGUGCCAUCGCACAGAAUUUCUCGCCUCUUUAUUUGAGCCCAUCCAUGUUUUUCAUUAAAUAAAGGAAUACGGGUAGUCCUGGAUUUUGCAAGCAUUAUUUGGGCUGGCUUGAGCUAAAUUUUAAAUUGGUUUUAAAUUGGGUUGUUUUAAUUUACGGCCAGAAUAUCUAAUUAUUUUAAUACUGUUUUUUAAAUUUUGUAUGCUUUGUUUUUACUUAGGCUGUGCACCGCCCUGAGUCCUAUUUGGAGAAGGGCGGUAUAGAAAUUUAAACAAAUAAAAAAUAA